GCGCGCCGGCGCUUGCGCGCGAGCUGGGGGGGGAGGCCGGCGGUUCGCUGUGUCACGGCGCGGCCUGAGGGGACGGCGGCGGCGCGCGGGCGGCCAUGGAGUACCUCAUCGGCAUCCAGGGCCCCGACUACGUCCUGGUGGCCGCCGACACGGUGGCGGCCUCCAGCAUCGUCCAGAUGAAGCACGACCAUGAUAAAAUGUUUAAGAUGAGUGAAAAGAUCUUACUCCUGUGUGUUGGGGAGCCUGGAGACACCGUGCAGUUUGCAGAAUACAUCCAGAAAAAUGUUCAGCUCUACAAAAUGAGAAAUGGUUAUGAAUUGUCUCCUACUGCAGCUGCAAACUUCACACGGCGAAACCUGGCUGACUAUCUGCGGAGUCGAACCCCGUACCACGUGAACCUGCUCCUGGCUGGCUACGACGAGCACGACGGCCCUGCCCUGUACUACAUGGACUACCUCGCGGCCCUGGCUAAAGCUCCUUUUGCAGCACAUGGAUACGGUGCAUUCCUCACCCUCAGCAUCCUCGACCGCUAUUACAAACCAGGUAUCACACGUGAGGAAGCUGUGGAGCUCCUAAAAAAAUGUCUAGAGGAGCUUCAGCAACGCUUCAUCCUCAAUCUGGCUUCUUUCAAUGCCCGGUUCAUUGACAAAGAUGGCAUCCAUGAAGUGAAGAAUAUCCCCCUUCUGAAAGCGACGUCCUAACCUCUGAGGUCUUUCUUCAGCAGUUGUCUUUUUUUGUUCACUUUUGGUUUUUUUGUACUCAUUUGGAGCACACAAGUCAUGUACUGCACUGGGAGAUCGAAUAAAGAUUGACAUUUAUAUAGCCAGUUUUAUCUUUUUAUUCCACUGAUCCUUCCUGAGAGCUUUUAAGUAAAUCAUUCCCCGGUGAAGGUGUGAAACGUGAUUUACUGUUAAUGGGUGCACAUUCAGGUUACAUACCUUUCUUUUCCCUUCUGAGAUUUUUACUUCCCCCUCCCCAUAAGUUUUCUUAUGUGUGGGGAAACUGGUACUGUAUUUUCUAGGUGACAAUGUGCUGUCGUCCACUCUCGUAUUUAAAGCUCAACAAACAUCGGGCAAAUGUUUCAUGCUAAACACAUGGCAUCUACUUUAUUUUUCCAGAGUUGUUACCACUCUUUGCUUUAUAAAAUAAUAAUAAUAAUCAACUUUUCAAA